GCUCCGUCGCCGGGAUCCGGGCGUCGACGGCGGCUCGGAGCGGGACGGCGAGGCCAGGGCCCGACUCGCAGGCCAUGGCUGAGGGACAUUGGCGGAAAGGGGGAUCCCUUCAGCAAUGAUGCAAGGCCCUAAGAGUGUGGCGGCACCUCGUCACCGGAGAGAGGGCGAGUGUGGGAAAGGAUUCACUCGGUCAUCCUACCUAACGACGCAGCAGUCGGGAGAGAACGUUCACCUGCCCUGAAUGUGGAAAGGAACUUGCUCGCUCAUCCACCCUGGUGAGACACCAGUGAGCUCACACCAGGUGCAGACUGUUUAUCUGCCCUGAGUGCGGCAACAGGUUCACUCAUUCAUCCAGUCGAUGGAACGCCAGCAAGGAGACACUGAAGAGAGCUCCUUCUCCUGCUCCAAAUGCGUGAAAGAGAUUAUCUCGAUCGUUCAGCCUGAUGCUUCACCGGCAGAGUCACAGCGGGGAGAAGCCUUUCACUUGCUCUGAGUGUGGGAAAAGAUUCGCAUAUUUAUCCAGCCUGAAGCUACACCAGAAAAUGCACAGUGGGGAGCGGCCAUUCACCUGCUCCGAGUGCGGGGAGCGGUUCAUUACUUCGUCUACGCUGCAAAUGCACCAGCGGAUUCACACCGGGGAGAGGCCGUUCACCUGCAACGAGUGCGGGAAGGGGUUCACUCGUUCGUCCGAGCUGCUCUUGCACCAAGGAGUCCACACCGGGGAGAAGCCGUUCUGCUGCUCCGAGUGCGGGCAGAGAUUUGCCCGGUCGUCCAGCAUGAGGAGACACCAACAGGCACACACCGGCGAGAGACCCUUUGCUUGCACGGAGUGCGGGCAGAGAUUUUUCCGGUCAUCCUGCCUCCGAAUACACCGGCGGAUUCACACCGGGGAGAAGCCUUUCACCUGCACGCAGUGCGGGAAGGGGUUCACCCAGUUGUCCACCCUGCAGUCACACCAGCGGGUCCACCCUGGGGAGAGGAGCUUCACCUGCUCCGAGUGCGGCAAAGGGUUCACUCGCUCCUCUGAGCUGCUCCUGCACCAGCGGAUUCACACCGGCGAGAGGCCGUUCACCUGCAGUGAGUGCGGGAAGAGAUUCAGUCAGUCGUCCAACCUGCAGAUGCACCAGCGGAUUCACAACAGGGUGAAGCCCUUCACCUGCUCCGAGUGCGGGAAGGGAUUCACUCGCUCCUCCCACCUGCAGUCGCACCAGUGGAUUCACACCGGGGUGAGGCCCUUCACCUGCUCCCAGUGCGGGAAGAGCUUUGCCCACUUGUCCACUCUGCGGACACACCAGCGCACCCACAACGGGGAGAGGUCGUUCAUCUGCUCCGAGUGCGGUAAAGGAUUCACCUGCUCUUCCAGCCUGCGGAGCCAUCAGCGAAUCCACACCGGGGAGAGGCCGUUCAUCUGCGCUGCCUGCGGGAGGAGAUUCAUUCAGUCGUCCAACCUGCGAACCCACCAACGAGUUCACACCGGGGAGAAACCGUUCACCUGCACCACGUGUGGGAAGGGAUUCAAUCGGUCAUCCCACCUGUCACAACACCAGUGUACACAGACUGAGGGAAAAGAUUAAACAUGCUGAAUGUUCAACCAUUACAGCUGCAGAAAGCAAACGCAAGUUCCCAAGUUGUGGCUGGUGCUGCGAUUGUGUUGUCAAAUCUCCUGUUCGAAGUGGAAUAACAUAGAACGAGUGUGAACGGGCGAGCAAUGGUCGGCGUGGAUUUGUUGGGUUAAAGAGCCCGUUUCCAUGCCCUCACUCCCAGGACUGUACUUCCUCGUCAUUGGGUCCCGCUGUUUUUAUUUUAUGUGGUUUUGCUAACCCCGAUAGCUGGCAGAAUUCAAUAUUGUGGAUUUGUGACAAAUAAAUCAGCUCUGCU